AUGGGUAUGAUUAUGUGGGAACUCACAACAGGUUGCAAACCUUUUGCUAAUGUUGAACAUGAUCAUAAUCUUGUUUAUAGAAUUCUUGAUGGAGAACGACCUAAAAUCACAGAAGACACACCAGAAUGUUAUGCAAAUUUAAUGAAAAGUUGUUGGGAUCCUGACCCCAAAAAAAGACCUUCAGUAAAAAAAAUUCGUAAUUCUUUUGGUAGUUGGUUUUUCAGAACUUUACUUGAUGAUGUAUUUACUAAGGCUGAAUUAAAAAGAAGAGAGUUAAUAGAAUCACAGAAACUUGGUCCUGAGUUUGCUAAAAAACCUCAUCCAAAAGCCAUUUAUACAAGUAGAUCAUUAAUCUCUUUUGUUUCUAAAAGCUCAUCUAUCAAGUCAUCUUUAUUUUACAGUAACGAAGAUUACAUUUCUGAAGAAAUAAAAUUUGAUAUAAAGUUUAAAAGCGAAAUUUAUACUAGUUCAUUAAAUGUGACAGCAACUUCGAGAAAGAGAAAGGUUGAUGAAUCAAACAUUGAAAAUGAUGGAAAAAAGAGACUUUGUGAUUGA